ACCUGAGAGCUUCACCUCAGAGCUUCACCUCAGAGCUUCAGCUGCAGACAUGGCGCAGCUGUACUGUUGGGGGGACAGCUCCAGUGGACAGUACGAGCCACAGACGGCCCUCAGCCCGGUGUCCUGGACCUUCCCCCGGGACAUUAGCUCCAUCUGCUGUGGGGACCAGUUCACUUUAUUCCUCUCAGGGGAUGGAGGCGUUUUCUCAUGUGGACACAACUCAAGGGGACAACUGGGACGAAAGACACCCAAAGAUGGAAGGAAACCAGGUCGUGUGGAGGGGCUUGGCGACGUGGUGACGAUGGCAUGCGGUCAGGACCACUGUCUGGCUGUGUGUGCGUCUGGAGACGUGUUCUCCUGGGGGGCUGCAGAGAAUGCAAAGCUGGGGAUGUUGUUGGAUCCAAAGCAAACCCACAUCAGACCAAGUCGGGUGCCCAUACCACUGCGGGUACCAGUGAUUCAUGUUGCCUGUGGAAACGUCCACUCGCUGGCGUUGACUAAAGGAGGAGACGUCUUCUCCUGGGGUUCGAACAGUCACGGUCAGCUGGGUCUGGGGAAGGAGGUGGCCCUGCAGCACACGCCCGUCCUUGUGGUCGCUCUGUCCGGUGUACCUGUGACCCAGAUAGCAGCCGGAGCAAGCCACACUCUGUUCCUCACACUCGCAGACCUGGUGUACUGCUGUGGAGCCAACAAAUCUGGCCAGCUGGGGCUCAACAGGGUGGAUGAGAAGGGCAGGUUUAACAUCUGUAUGGUACCAGCGCUCAGACCUCUGGGUGUCUCCUUCAUGAGCUGUGGAGAAGCUCACUCCGCUGUGUUAACAAAGGAUGGUAAAGUUUACACUUUUGGAGAGGGAACCCACGGUCAGCUGGGUCACAGCUCCUCCGCCAAUGAAGUGAAACCCAGACUGGUCGAUGGUUUGGACGGCCCGGCCUCACAGAUCGAAUGUGGACGGAGACACACUCUGGUGUUGGGCGAGUCUGGUCAGCUCUGGGCUUUUGGUAAUGGGGUCAAAGGUCAAAUUGGGACUGGACGAGCAGAGAACAAUCUGAGUCCCACUCUAGUUCAACUUCCAUGGACCACUGACAGUGCAGCAACCAUACCCACUGAGUUGAAAAUAUCAGCCGGGUGGAACACAAACUUUACCUACUCUUCACAUGCGCAGAGUCAUGGGCAGAUAACUGGACGUCUCGAUAAGAGGAAGCUGCAAAAAUGGCUGUCAAUGAGACACGGCAAUGCAGAGGCAAAGAGAGAAAUAUCGUCAAUAUUUUUGACAAGUUCAAGUCUUGUUGCAAGUUUCACAAAAGACAAUGGGUCUUCAUUAGAAGCUGGUGCUUUAACUGUCGACCUGGAAGCUGCGAGCCGAGCUUUUGACCAGCUGUUGGAAAUACCAUGGAUCAAACAAGCAAUGAACCUUGAGCUCCUUGUGACAUUGCUUUGUGAAUCAAUGAAGACCCUAAAAUCUCCAGAGAUCCUGCUGAUUCUGCUGACGUGCCCUCUUUUCCAAGAGGACUCCAGCGUCAUGGCGGGGUCGCUCCUUCUGGCCGUCAUCAUUGAGAAUCUGAAAGAGAAGCCUCUGGCAGCGCUAAGAGGCUGGUGGUCUUCGGUGUCACCCUCCAUCCUGAUGAAGCACAUCAUGGUCUUCAAAAACGCCCUCGCCUUCAUGCUGAAAAACCACCUCUUGACAACUCACAACCCGGGAAUCAGAUACCUGAUGAAAGCUCUGAAACUACUUUACAAGGCCAACAGAGCUGGAAACUCCUAUAAAGUCCCACUGAGCAAGUUUUACGUGGAAGAAAUCAGGGACAGUGUGCAGCCGGAGGGAGACAUUUGUCUGUGGUUAACAUAUUCUAAAGUGGAGGAUGAUGAAAACACACCUGCCAUUUUCUGCCGCUUUCCGUUCUUGUUGCCUCUGGAUUGCAAGGCAAGGGUCUUCGUCAUCCAUUCGAUUGCAAUGAAGAGAGCGGGCCAUUUAAUUGACGCCGGGGAUGAAGACGCUUUGAGAAAUCCCCAAAAUAUUGCCCCGCCCACACCCUUCCAGCUGACCCUGAGACGAACUCACCUCGUCGAAGACACCUUCAGACAUCUGGCUGCGGCCGACCACUGCGCCUUCAAAAGAGAGCUUCUGGUGCAGUUUGUGGAUGAGAGAAAGGUGAUGAAUGUCAACAAGAGGGACCUCUUCCUCCACCUGUUCGAUGAGCUCAUCGCUCAUGAGUCUGAGAUGUUCAUGUACAACGAGAGCAAGACUCUGAUGUGGUUCCCUCCCAGACCCAAAGUGGAGGCAAAGCGUUACUUCCUAUUCGGAGUUCUGUGUGGAAUGGCUCUUUACAACUACAACAUUGUCCACCUGCCCUUCCCACUGGUUCUCUUCAAGAAGCUGGUCGGGGUCAAACCCUCAAUGGAUGACAUGAAGGAGUUCGACCCUGUCAUGGCAGAGUCUUGGCGUUGCCUGAUGGACUACACUCCAGCUGAAGUCGAAGAUACAGACAUAACCUUUAAAGUGACCUGGGGUGGGGAGCAAGUUGAGCUUGAUCCAAAAGAAGCUGGAAAACCUGUCACAGGCUCAAACAAGAAAGAGUUCGUUGAUGCCUUUUUCAACUACGCCUUUACCAAGUCGGUGCAGGGCGUGUUUGGAGAGUUCAAGAGAGGGUUUUUCAAAGUGUGUGACAUGGAUGUGGUGGACUUCUUCCAGCCGGAGGAGCUACAGGCAGUGAUGGUGGGCCAAGAAAACUAUGACUGGCUGGUGUUCAAGCAGAACACAGUUUAUGAAGGAGAGUAUCAUGAAGAACAUCCAACCAUCAUCACCUUCUGGGAGGUGUUUGAGAAACUGCCUGCGGAGGACAAGAAAAAAUUCCUUUGUAAGUAGUGUGAUGUGUGGGUACAGACCCACA